AUGGAGGCUCCUUCAAUGGAUACAGUUUAUCAGGCCAUAAGCGCCUUAUAUGAUAACCCUAAUGUUAAUGAAAAAGAAAAGGCUUCGUUAUGGCUCGGAGAUGUACAAAAAUCGAUACAUUCAUGGAAAGUAGCCGACGAACUGUUGCACCAGAAAAAAAAUUUUCAAGCUUGUUAUUUCGCAGCGCAAACAAUGAGAUCAAAGGUUCAACACAAUUUAUCUGAACUGCCCGAUGAUGCUGUAAUUUCUCUCCGGGACUCUCUCAUAUUGCACUUAGAAUCGGUAUCUCCAGAUGUCAACUCAGCAAUUCUUACUCAACUAUCUUUAGCCUUAGCAGAUCUAGCUUUACAGAUGCCCACUUGGCAGAACUGUGUUAGUGACCUUAUAAAAAUAUUUUCUAAUAAAAAUAAUUUUGCUCUGCUUGAAAUAUUGACAGUGCUACCUCAAGAAAUAGACUCAUCAAGUCUAAAAUUAGGAGACAAUCGUCGUGAGCAGAUAAAAUUAGAUCUAAGAGGAAACUCUCCCAUUGUAGUCAUUUUUCUUAAGGAUUGUAUAAAUAGUUCACAGACUUCUAACAUAGCAUUGAAAAUAAUAAGGUGCAUGACAUCAUGGACCCAAGUGAAAGCAAUAAAUCUUCAGGAAUUAGCUCAGAACCCUGUAGUUGGUUUAUGUGUGCAAGUUUUAAGGGAUUAUAAUACAAACAAUUCAUUACAUGAGGCAGCUACAGACUGUAUGUGCGCAAUACUAGACUGUUUAGAGCAAAACAACAAUGGAGACGAGGUUGAAAGAAUGUUAUUUGACAGUUUGUCAGCUUUAGAAGAAAGCUAUCACUUAGCAGUAGCUCAUGAAGAAGAGGAAAAAGCUGCAAACUUAGCUAGACUAUUUACAGAACUGGGAGAAACAUUUUUAGAGAGAAUAAUAAUUAGUACAGCAAAUGGACAAGGCCAUUUUGCAAUGCGGUCUCUGGAGCUUGCUUUAGUAUGUGUUGGACAUCAUGAUUAUGAAAUAGCAGAAAUCACAUUCAAUCUGUGGUAUAGAUUAUCAGAAGAAGUGUACCAACGGGAUUACCAACAGUUAACGGAUGCUUUUAAGCCUCAUAUCGAAAGAUUAAUAGAAGCUUUAGCACGACACUGUCAGUGUGAACCUGAUGACCAGAGCUUGCCUGAGGAAGGGGAUGAAUUCUAUGAUUUCCGAGUGAAAGUAUAUGAGCUUAUAAAGGAUGUGGUUUUCAUAGUCGGAUCUAGUUCUGUUUUCCGAAAGAUGUUCUCAGUGCUUCAAGCAAACUUGCCAUGGGAGCAGACAGAAGCUGCACUAUUUAUUAUGCAAGCAGUAGCUAAAAAUAUUCUUCCAGAAGAAUAUGACUUUGUCCCUAAAGUCAUCGAAGCAAUUUUGUCUAUGCCUGAGGACAGCCACUUAGCUGUGAUGAAUACUUGUAUUCAGCUUCUUGGGGAGUUGUGUGACUGGAUCGAGAAGCACCCGCAAUGCCUUGAGCCAUGUCUCCGGUUUUUAGUCAGAUCUCUGGUGCAACCUAAAUUGGCUAACGCUGCUGCUGUUGCUCUACAGAACAUCUGCAAAGCGUGUCGGAGUGAGGCGUCGUGUCACGCAGCAUUAGUCGUGGAAGCAGCUCGAGCAGCAGAUCAACUCGCUCUUCCCAUUCACACGGCUUCUACACUCAUGAGAGCCCUCGCUGCUGCCAUCUCCCGGUUACCACAUGAUCAGCUAUGUUCAGCGAUGCGCGAGUCAGUAGGAGUGCAGUUGGCAGGGCUGUCAGCCCUAUUGGAGAGUAACACAGAACUGCGCAAGGGGUCCCCUACUGAUCCCGUUCUGUGGCUCGACCGGGUGGCAGCCCUUUUCCGCGAUGUGGACGUGGCACCCCCUUCUGACCCCACAAAGGGCCACCCUUGUAUGCCGGCCUUUAAGGACGCCUGGCCUGUGCUUCAUAGAACAAUGCAGAAAUACGUACGCGAAGGGCGUGUAAUGGAACGUGUAUGCCGUUGCGUACGUUUCUGCGUAAGAGGCACGGGACGUGACGCAGUAGAACUGCUUCCCGCUCUUGCUACUUCUCUUCCCCCCCUUUACGCAAUCUACCAGCACUCCUGUCUUCUCUACCUUACUGGAGUACUGGCAGAUGCAUUAGGAGGACCAUUGAGUGCCCCGCCUUUAGCCCAUCUCCUUCAUGCCCUUUUGCCCCCAGCGUUAGAACUCUUAGGUAAACCUGACGGACUCAAGGACAACCCGGAUACAGUUGAUGACUUGUAUCGGCUUUGUGUGAGGUACCUCCAGCGGAUUCCUCUCCAAUUCGUGGAGUCGGGAUGCUGCACGGCAGUUGUUUCUUGUGGGGUGAAAGCUGCGCGUCUCGAUCAUCGCGACGCAAGCUGUUCUCUCAUGAGCUUCCUCUACGAUCUGCUGAGGCUUGCGCACGAGUCGGAUCCCGCUACGCCUCUCGGCUCACAAAUCAAUGCAAUAGUGUCAGAAUAUGGUGAGGCGCUGACGUACGCAUUAUUGGAAGCUUCUGCAUUGUAUUUACACGCGUACAUGCUUAGUGAGGUGGGUAAAGUUCUACUAGAACUCGUGGAUUGGCAACGGCGUCAUGGAGUAGACUGGGUCGCGGCCGCACUACCGAGGUUACCGAGGGGUCGCGCUCACGCCACGGAACAACAGUGCUGGCAGUUCCAUCAAUACGCUGUCAAAGCGGAAAAGUGUAAAGAAGCAACUCGACUUCUUCGUGACUUCGCCAGGCUUUAUCGAUAA